AUGGCUCCUGCCUCAGACGUCACUGAAACUCCACUUACACACACCUCUUCUUCAACAACAUCAGGCAAUGGAAACACCAUUGAUUCCACUCACCCUUAUUUCCUUCAUGCUUCUGAUGCACCAGGUAUGAUACUGGUGAACACACCAUUUGAUGGUCGUGACUAUGCUGGUUGGAGCAGAUCGAUCCUGAUCUCACUGUCAGCUAAGAACAAAUUGGGCUUCAUUGAUGGUUCUUGCCCUAUGCCAUCUUCUACAAACCCUACUCAUCCAACCUGGAGCAGAUGCAACCACAUGAUGACCUCUUGGUUGUUGAAUUCCCUCACCAAUGUCAUUGCUGACAGUGUUCUGUACUCAAAAACUGCUAAGGACCUUUGGUUAGAUCUAGAGCACAGGAUUGGGCAACCUAAUAAUCCAAGCUAUACCACCUGCAAAAGGAACUUGCUGAUUUAG